AUGGCCUACGAUCAAUCUUCCGCUUAUCAUCCACCGCAACGCCCAUACUACAAUCAGCAAGCGCCGCAGAGCCCUGCUUACGAGUAUCAGUACGAUCAAUACGAUCAAUACGGUCAACCGCAACAGCAUGGAUAUGGAGGUCAGUGGGAAGGUCAUCAGGACGCGCAGUACAAUGGCGCAUAUGGGAACGUGGGCAACCCGAAUGAGUACCAAAGCGCGCCGGCAUUGUAUAGAGACCCAAGAAACAACGUCCGCCACGCAUCACCUCAAGGCCAUGGGGAUUACUACGCGAACAAUGGUCACGCAGUAGCGCACAACAAUCAGGGUUAUGCACAGCAACACGCUUACUCUGUUCCGCGUGGGGGAACUCAGAGCCCGCGUGGAGUGGAGCGGCCUCGCGGUCCAGAUGUCCAAGCGCUGCCGCCUCAAAAUCGGACCCCAGUGCCAGCGGCGACAAACAGCCAAGAGCGCAGUAGGCCCGCAGGCGGUGAGCAGCCCCGUUCGCAACAGCAACACAAAAACGACAAGGGAGUACCGCCGAAUGGGGCGACGCCCAAUUCACAGCCAAAACCGCAGUCCCGCGCGAAACCAGUAAAAGAGCGGAUAUUGCAACGCGAAGAUUCUCCUGUCACACUCAGUUUCGACAACCCGUUUCCGAUGUUUCCCAUGAAGCCCAAACCGAAAGAUAAACCGAAGACCGGGAGUAUCCCUGUUGAUGAUGCCAUGGCUAGUAUGAGUAUCAAGAGCGGCCGGUCAAGCGGCGAUCGAGCAAGACCGCCAACUGCCUCCUCUAGCACGAGGAGCAAGGCAAGUCAGGCUUCAUCUGAUGCACCACGAUCCAGCGGAAGUACUGAGCGGACUGCUGGGUCUAACCGGGAGGUUCGAUCACGUCCACCAGACCAGGUCCAGUACCGUGCAGUUGAGAACUAUCGCGCAGCACCUGCGGGUUACGUUGAAAACGGGCCAAGUCGUCCGGAGCAGGCCCCAACAAUGAGGCAAGCCCAUGCUCACCUGCAUGGUCCGCCUCCUGUUCGCUCGAACUCUGCAGAGCCCCGAAGGAAUGGCGCCUAUGGCGCUCCGCCCGCUAUGCCAGACAAUCCCUUGCAACAUCCUCCUCAGCGAGCGAUGACGAUGCCACAAACUGCGGCGAAUAAUGUACCUGCAAACAACGUCCCACAAUUCGAGAUGCAGUGGCCUGAACCAGGCCCUGUGGCAGGCUAUCAUGGCCCCGCAUCACCCACUUUUAUUCCCCCUCGCCCUCCAACAGCCUCCAGCAAUUAUUCGGGUCGCAAUGGGACCGCAAGACAGGCUGAGCACUAUCAGUCGACUAUUCCCCCUCCAGAACUUGACGGCUCGCCGCUGCCGCAGAAGCAGCAUGCGAAACACCAGAGUCUCAGCGAGUUAUACGACCAAUACUACGAUAGCCCCCGAAAACCCUCAGAUGGCUACGGAGGUGUGGGAGCUGGAGCUGCUCCCGAGGAGGAAAUGCCCAACUUCGAUGCUCAGCCCGCAGAUUGGCGGGGCCAUCGACGUGGUAACUCGCUCGAGAACCAUCUAGACGCCGUAUCGAACAAUCCAGCGCAAUCACAGAAUCAAGAAUAUCGUGCCCCAAAUCCAGAAUCUUGUUAUCAACAGCAGAAUUUUCAAUCACAGCCGGUUUCUCAGGGACAAAACCGGAACGCUCACAGCGGUAUCAACGGCUUUGUGUUUGAAAUGCCUGGAGAUGUUCCGGAAGUCACUCCUGCACCGUAUGAGGUUGAGGCGCCCUUCCAGCCAAAUACAUUUUAUCACCAACCACCUGCUAAAGGUAUGCCACCCAGCGACAUCCGCAGCAGGAUGAUUGCUCCACCAAAUCACAUGCACAACACUCAGCCUCCGCAACCACGGGGCUACCCUGCGCCCAGUCAUCAAUUCCAUCGACCCCGGCCCGGGCCACCACAACAACCACAACCACCGAUGGUGAGGAACUUCUCACCACCGAACCGCUGGCCUGAGCAGGGUACAGGUCGGGAUGGACCUGACCCAUACGCACAGAGGGGACCCGGGCCACGACCGCCUAUGGGUAGGCCAACGGCAGGUAUGCCACUGCAGCAGCAAGCACCGCCUGUAGCAGCGCCGAGGCGUAACGAUCCAGAUGCUUUGCCACAACACCCGACACCUGUCCGUCCAGGCCUGAUGGACCCCGCACUCACGAAUCAACCUGCAAAGCCGCCGCCCAUACGCCAGUACAACAACAGCACCAAUCCAGCUCCUGCGCCUGCUGCGGCUCCUGUACCCGAAUACGCCAUAGCACGAGCCGAGCGCCGAGCGUCUGCCCCAGUAACGCACGACGAGCUCGACAGGCUUCGAGGAAUCUACAAAGCAUCGCCGUCGGAGUACAAGUCCCACCUGCGCCUCGCCAAGAAACUAGUCGAAGCCGCCUCAGUCCUCGCAGACGAAGGCGGGCGAGCAGACGCCCGCACGCGCACCAAGAACCGCGAGAAAUACAUCUUCGAAGCGCACAAGAUCGUCAAGAAGCUCGUCAACGCCGGCUACCCGGACGCCAUGUUCUACCUCGCCGACUGCUACGGCCAAGGCCUGCUCGGACUCGAAGUCGACACCAAAGAAGCCUUCAGCCUGUACCAAGCCGCCGCCAAAGCCGGCCACCCAGCCUCGGCCUACCGCACGGCUGUGUGCUGCGAGAUGGGCGCUGAAGAGGGCGGCGGGACGCGCAGAGAUCCGCUCAAAGCUGUGCAGUGGUACAAGCGCGCUGCGGCGCUGGGUGAUACCCCGGCUAUGUACAAAAUGGGCAUGAUUAUGCUCAAGGGCCUGCUCGGGCAGCCGAGGAACAUCGGCGAUGCGCUGACAUGGCUGAAGCGCGCGGCGGAGACGGCGGACGAGGAGAACCCGCAUGCGCUGCAUGAGCUGGGGCUGCUGUACGAGAACCCGCCGAACACGGAUAAGAUCAUUAGAGAUGAGCCGUACGCGCUGCAGCUCUUCCAGCAGGCCGCGGACCUCGGGUAUAAGUUCUCUCAGUUCAGGCUGGGGCAGGCGUACGAGUACGGGAACCUGGGCUUGCCGAUUGAUGCCCGCUCGAGCAUUGCGUGGUAUACGCGUGCGGCGGCGCAGGGCGAGCAUCAGAGUGAAUUGGCGCUGUCGGGCUGGUAUCUGACGGGCAGCCAGGGAAUUCUGGAUCAGAGCGAUACGGAGGCGUAUCUGUGGGCGAGGAAGGCGGCGUGCUCGGAUCCGCCGCUGCCGAAGGCCAUGUUUGCCAUGGGGUAUUUCACUGAGGUGGGGAUUGGGUGUCCGAGGAGCUUGGAGGAGGCGAAGAGGUGGUAUGGGAGAGCGGCUUCUCAGAAAUUCCCCAAAGCUCAAGAGCGCCUGGAGGAGCUGAAGCGAGGCGGUGACAGGGUGCAGAAGAAUAGGGAAAGGCUUUCAAGAAGUAACCAGAAACAGCACGAGGAGAACUGUAGGGUCAUGUGA